GGAGGAGGAGGAGGGGAACUCCCCCGCCAUUGCUCAGGCCAAAGCCCCAGCCUCCUUGGCUUGAUUUUUUCUCCCUUGGAGAGUCUAGUUCUCCUUUGGCCAUGACUUGGUUUUGAAAAACCCCAGGCUGCUGCUGGUGGCACAGUAAUUGGGAAAGAGGCUCCCUCCCGGAGCAAACGUGGCUGCCUGCCUGCCUGCCAGGGCGGCUUCAGCUCCGAGGAAGGAAGGCGGGGAGCUUGGCCCCUGCUGCUGUGCUGCGGGACUCCUUCUCUCUGGGUCGGAAGCCCAGGAGGGGGAAGGCGGGAGAGGAGGAUGUCGCUGGGGGACCCCUUCUUCGUGGUCAAAGGGGAAGUUCAGAAAGCCGUGAACACAGCGCGUGGACUGUAUGAGCGCUGGUGCCAGCUGCUUGAAGAGACGCAUGUCAGUAAAGAAGAGUUUGACUGGACAACAAAUGAACUACGCAACAGCUUGCGCAGCAUCGAUUGGGACUUGGAGGACCUGGAGGAAACCAUAUGCAUUGUGGAGUCAAACCCACAGAAAUUCAAAAUUGAGCCCUGUGAGGUUGCAGCAUGGCGUUCCUUCGUCACAGAGAUGCAGGGAUCGAUCAAGGAAAUGCGGGAGCAUAUGUCCAGCCCAGCAGCACAGGCAUUUCUGAAGAAGAAAAAUAGAGAGUCACUAGUGGGGAGCAGGGAACACUAUGGCACAGAGGAACUGUUGACAGCCAGUUCACACACUUUGGAUGAGCAGCAGUUACACCAGAAGUUGAUUAUCGAAGAGCAGGAUGAGCAGCUGGAGAUGGUUUCUGGUAGCAUUCGAGUGCUGAAGCAUAUGUCAGGGCGGGUUGGAGAGGAGCUGGACGAACAGACUGUACCGCCGUCAGUGGUGCAUCAUUGGCCUCUUGCUCAUCAUUGGUUUGGUGGUGCUGAUUCUUGUCUUUACUGUGUGAUAAAAAGGUGGAAUGGCUGGCCACUCCAAUCAAGUGGAUACUACUAUCAAGUGAACCUGGUGUUCGAUGGUGAAGCCUCACAGAUUGACAUAGAAAUUAAACACUCACUUGAAGGGACAAUGGGAUUCUCUCCCUUGUGCUAAUGAUUAGGGGCUCCAGUUGUGUGAAAAGGAGAAAGUUCAUAGUGGUCAUGUGAAUUCAAGUCAUUUCUGAUUUAUGGUGACCCUAAGGUGGACUUAUCACAGGGUAUUCUUGACAAGAUUUGUGUAUUGGGGGGAGCUGCCUUUGCCUUUCUCUGAGGCAGAGAGAGUGUGACUUGCUGAAAGUCACUACCCAGUAGGUUUCCAUGGUCAAGUGGAGAUUUGAACCCUGGUCCAGCGUGUGGUCCAGCGCUCAAACUACUACACCUCACUGCCUUAAUUUCAUAGUCCUUUCAUACAAAUCUGCCCCAGUUUAUCACAGGCUUAAUUUUUUUUACAUGAUCAUUUAAAUUAGGGGUGGCAACAUAGGCCCUCUGGAACUUCCUGGACCUCCCACAAUAGACAGCUCUUUUUCUUACUCUCACUGUCUUCCCAAAAAGGAGAAUUAUCCUUCCUGAAAGCCCUGAACAGUGACAGUUUACUUCUAAAGUAAGUCACAGGACUUGGAUUAUAUUAUGGGAAGGAGGCUUUUCCACACACCCCCCACCUAAAAUCGAAAAUGAACUUCCAGCCAGUUGAAUUUUUAUUCCCCUGCCUACACUUGAUGGGGUAUAGCCCACAGCACGUCACUGGGCACCAGAAUUUAUCCUUAAACUCACCAAUUAUAUCCACCUCAAUUUAAGGUAAGUUGGGGAAGCAGGGAUGGGAGUAGCAGGAGCUGGGGAUAGUCAUUUGCUGAUAUUAACAACUGAAACUAAAAAAUCCUUACCAGUCUGUCAUUCUUUGAGAGAUUUACCAGCAGAUCCAUAUCCACCUUCUGCCACCCUUGUUAUGAAGAUGCUGAAACAACUUUUUUUAAAAUAAAAAAAUUGUAUUUAAUG